UGUCAUUGGGUGCUAUGGAAUCAUCAAUUAGGAAUAAUGUGGCAUCUCAGGAAGACUUUGUUCUUUGUGUAAUUCUCCUAUUACCUUUGCUUUUCGUUGUUUUCAAAUUGAUUAGUUUUCCAUCUUCAAAGAAACCUCCAAUUCCACCUGGCCCAAAACCAUGGCCAAUUCUUGGAAACCUUCUUCAAAUUGGGAAAAAUGCUCACAUUUCAAUCACUCACUUUGCCCAAACCUAUGGCCCUCUGAUCUCACUUCGGCUCGGAGGUCGACUACUCGUUGUCGCUUCAUCUCCGGCCGCUGCCGCUGCUGUACUCAAGACCCAAGAUCGCCUCCUAUCCAAUCGCUAUGUUUUUCAUAUGACUCCGGAUCUAGCACAGCAUCACGAAUGCUCCCUCGUGUUUUCACCUGAGUGCAAUGAUCAUUGGAGGAGUUUAAGGUCCAUUUGCAAGGCAAAUUUGUUCACAGCUAAAGCAAUCAAAUCACAAGCUAGUUUGAGGAGGAGGAAAAUGAAUGAAAUGAUUGAAUUCUUGUUGUCUAAACAAGGGUCAGUUGUGGAGAUUAGAGAUUUUGUGUUGACUACUGUUUUUAAUGCUCUCUCUAACUUCAUCUUCUCAAGGGAUUUGAUUGAUUUUGAUGGUGAAGGAUUCAAUGGACUCAAACAAUCUUUUAACAAUUUGAAGAAUUUGGGUUUGGCUCCAAAUUUAGGGGACUUCUACCCCUUCUUGAGAAAUUUAGAUGUGCAAGGUCUUCGCAACAAAUGUUCCAUUUACAGUAAGCAGAUCAAUUCUACUUUGGACAUUAUAAUCAAUCAAAGAAGAAAACUUGCUUCCACAGAUCCUUCAGCGCCACAAGACUUCUUGGAUGUGAUGAUUCAAAGUCAAUUCACUAAUGACCACAUUAACUAUUUGGUUGUUGAACUUUUGUUGGCAGGCACAGACACGAGUACAAUAACAGUGGAGUGGACAAUGGCAGAACUGUUAAAGAACAAAAACAUAAUAGAGAAAGUGAGAGAAGAAGUUAAUACAGAAAUGAAGCAAAAUAGUAUCGAUGAAUCAGAGAUAUAUAAGCUUAAGUAUUUAUGGAAAUGUGUUAAAGAGACUCUAAGAUUACAUCCACCUGCCCCAUUUCUUCUUCCAAGGAUAGCACCAAUUGAUUGUGAGCUUAUGGGAUACUCUAUCCCAAAGGAAAGUCUAAUUUUUGUCAAUGUUUGGGGAAUUGGAAGAGACCCUUCAAUUUGGGAAGAAUCUUUAUCAUUCAAUCCUAUGAGAUUUAGUGAUUGUGAUCAUGUGGACUUGAAAGGGAAUGAUUUUGGAUACCUUCCAUUUGGUGGAGGAAGAAGAAUUUGCCCUGGCUUUCCAAUGGCAACUGUUCUUCUUCCUUUAAUUUUAGCCAAUUUAAUUCAUAAUUUUGAAUGGUCACUUCCUAAUGGUGAUGAGGAUUUUUCAAAGAUGGAUAUGGAAGGGAUGCUUGGUGUAACUUUGCUGAAGAAACAACCACUCAAACUCAUUCCUAAAAAGAGGUUUUGACAUAUCCAAAUCUUAAUAAUAAUUCUCAAUUUAUCUUUAUCAACUAUGUUGUAUUUGUGUUUUGUAUCACAAUCUGUACUUGUGUGCUUUUUAAUGAUCUUUUAGAACAAUGUAAUCUAUAUAUACAUAAAGAUAUUGGUAAACUA